CAUGCCCCCCCCCUCCCUAUCUCUCCAGGUAUAGACUGGGCUCCAGAGAGUAACCGUAUCGUGACCUGUGGGACGGAUCGUAACGCGUAUGUCUGGUCUCUGAAGGGGGAGGUGUGGAAGCCCACCCUGGUCAUCCUCCGUAUCAACCGGGCUGCUCGCUGUGUCAGCUGGUCUCCCAAGGAGAACAAGUUCGCUGUGGGUAGCGGGUCACGCCUCAUAUCCAUCUGCUACUUUGAACAGGAGAAUGACUGGUGGGUCUGUAAGCACAUCAAGAAGCCGAUCCGUUCCACCGUCCUCAGUCUGGACUGGCAUCCUAACAACGUGCUGCUGGCGGCUGGAUCCUGUGACUUCAAAUGCAGGGUUUUCUCGGCCUACAUUAAGGAGGUGGAGGAGAAGCCCGGACCCACAGUGUGGGGGUCCAAGAUGCCGUUUGGAGAGGUGCUGUUUGAGUCUGGGCCCUCAGCAGGGGUGUCAGGGGGGGCUGGAGAUGGGGCAGGAGGGGGAUGGGUCCACGGGGUCUGUUUCUCCCACAGCGGGAACCGCCUGGCCUGGACAUCGCAUGACUCGACUGUGGCGAUCGCAGAGGGAGGCAAGAACAGCACGAUCAGCAGUCUGAGCUCUGAGACCCUUCCUCUGCUGUGUGUCAGCUUUAUCACUGAGAACAGCCUGGUGGCCGCUGGUCAUGACUGCUACCCAGUGCUGUUUGUGUAUGACGGUACUAAGGGCUCAGUAACGUUCGGAGGGAAGCUGGACGUUCCCAAGCAGACGUCUCAGAGAGGGAUCAGCGCCAGGGAACGCUUCCAGAACCUGGACCGCCGAGCCACCUCGUCUGAGACCACCGAGCAGGGCCUGGAGAGUCUGCACAAGAACAGCAUCAGUCAGAUCUCUGUGCUGGAAGGAGGGAAGAGUAAAUGUUCCACGUUCUGUACAACUGGGAUGGACGGAGGUAUGGUCACCUGGGCGUCAAGCAGCACCGUCGGCAUCCCGGAUACCCACCAGCAGCACCGUCGGCAUCCCGGAUACCCACCAGCAGCACCGGGUUUAGAUGUCUUUUAG